GAAAAAGGAUUAGAAAAAUCAAGGAAAAAUCUAAUAUUAAGUAAAUAAUUAGUAAAAAUUUUCAAAGAAUUUUAAGUAAGUAUAAUAAAAUUUCCAAGAACUAGGCACAGCCAAGGCAAGGCAGGCCACGAAAAGCUAAUGAAAUACCCAGGUAAAUUAUGGUAAAAUAAUAUUAUAAUAAAAAGUCCAGUAAUGGAUCCGUUUUACUUCACACCCUAAUCCCAGAACUAGAAUAUCAAAAUACUUCAAAAUGUUGAAGACAUCAUUCGGAAAUGCCACUGGCGACGAAAUAAUAUUAACAAAACUGAAGCGACAACUAGCCAAUUUAUCUUGUAAAUGUAAAAUAUGUGAUAAAUACAACUCGACGACAGCUCAAGAAGAUACUUUUAUUGAGAAUAAGGGAAAUAAAGGAGAAGAAAACGUGCAAAUAGAAGACAAUAAAAUUGUAGAGUCAUAUCGAAAAGAAACAUGCCCUGGAUGUUUUGUAGCUUAUAACUUGUUACGGAAUAAUAAUAAAACGUUUAAAGAUCAAGAUACAGAAACCAAUGCAAUUAUGUUUUCUUCAGAUAAGUGUGUACAGAAAUCUAUUAAAGGUAUCCAAAAGACCACAUCGAUGUCCCUAAUGACUUCUAAUAUGAAUUCAGAUUCUGAUAUAUCAUCUCAGGAACGAAAGAUUUGUAAGCGGAAUGUUGAAAAAGUUACUUUCAGCAAUGAUAAGCCGAAAAUCUAUGAUCCAGUAGCAUAUGCCAACUGCCUCUGCUUAGAAAACUUUAUUGACUCUAUAAGACCACCAUUAAAUUAUUGACCUGUUUUAAAAUAUAGAUGCAUCGUAUUUUA